AUGGAGAAGAGAGGCAACAGAGGUUAUAAGAACUUCACAAGCACUUCCACAAUGCUGCUCCGCUCAGGCCGCAUUAAGGUGUAUGAAGUGUCUCACCGUGGAAGGUGGGCUGUUAGAAAACAACCCCCGCGAGGAACUGUGAGAACGGCAUCUCGAAAGCCAGGUCCAAUUUUCAAAGUGCAAAAUCAGGAAUUAGGGUUCUGCACACAGUCAUGCUCUGGCACUCACUCCCUUCAGAGAGCUCUCCCCCGCUUUAAGACUGCUCAUUUGCCAGAAUUUAGUCUGCGAGAAACACUGAAAUGCUAUAUACUGACUGAAGAUUCAAAAACAGUGCAUUUUGACAUAGAUGAAGAUGGUCAUCAUGAAAUAUCAACAAGGGAUUCACAGUCUCAUGAAGAUAUUGCAUGGUUAAGUGUGUUCACAAGGAAUGAACCGGCAGUUACUGAGUCUAAUAAUUUGGUGAUCCUCACACAGAGAUCUAAGCUUAAUGAAUUUGUCCUCUUGUGCAAGGGUAAGAAGCACCUUUCUCUGAAGGUUUUAAAAGCAUCCUGUUCAGAGACAGAUGGUCCCUCAGCGGAAAGAUGCAACAGGAAAGCCUGCAACCAUGAAGAUCCUGACUUCAAACAGCUGAGUGAAGACAGCCACUUUUUUUUCAUCAUGCACUACCUAGGAGAUUCAGUGCAGUUCCAGUGCUAUGAAGAUACAAGUUACUACCUGUGUGUGAAUGAUGACUCACUUGAUAUUCGCAAGGUGGAAAGCAAGGAACCCAACCAGGACAAAAAUUUUUACUUCAAGGUGUCCUAUAUAUAGGAAAAGUAAUUUGCCUGCCUUUCAGUGGCCUAAGUUUCCAUGCAACUCCUAUUUCAAGCUAACACAAGAGAAGGAAGGUUGAGGUCAACUUAUUUCCAUUUUGACUUAAUUUUUACUUUUUCUGCAAUUCCUUUAGUCACCAUUUAGCAUAAGUAACUUCCUUUUGUGUCUGUGCUUUCAAUAGGAAAAGAGAAAGGUUAAGUUCAAAAAAUACACUAACUGACAAGUCUUUUGUGCCUUUCCUGCACAAUUAUGUUUUUAAGGAGCUGAAUUCUGUACUGGAAAAAGUAGAUGGGGGAUAUUUCAAAGACAGGGAAAAAAAAAAAGAAAGUGUGUAUGGGGAUGAAAUAGUAUGUACAGUUAGUUCUUCAUGUGGUAAAUGCUUUACUUUUGUUAAAAAUAUCUCUUGUAAGCUCACCUAAACUUGAGAGGGAAACAUUUAGAAGUUAUUAAAUGCAUGUGUUCAUGUCCUGAUUGACUGACUGACUCUGGGGGAGCAGUGGAAAAAGUAUUUCAGGUCUAACUGAAAACAGAGAGGCUGAAGGUUAGGCAUCUUUCUACCCCUGUAGCUUCAAGUCCACCCAUGUACUCCAUUACACAGUUCCAGCAUCUGUCUAGCAUGGCAGCUCUCUAAGAAAAUGUACAUGGGCCAUCAUACACACAAUCUGGAAGCAAAGGGAGGUAGCAAAGUGAAUUGAUGGGACACAACAGAUGCCUGUGAACACUAGCAGAAAUUUGUUCAGACUUUGGCUUCCAUCUCUGAAUCACAGAGAGAAACACAAUUAUGUCCAUCUGCAAAGCAGAGUAGAGAACAGCACCUGAAAAAUCAUUAAAUGUUCAUGAUGACUGAGUUAAAUAAAUGUUAGGUGCUCAUGGGGGUACACUGUAGGAGCAGAGUACCUGCUUUCUAGCAGCAAGGUCUCUCAGUGUGAAGUGGAAGAUGCUGAUAGUUAAACAUAGGCCUGCAAGGCACAAAACAUUUGAAAUACAAGAGGAGACAAAACAAAAGCUUACACAGGAUCACUGGGUAUUAAAGAUCUGGUUCUCCACUGCUGUGUGUAAGAUCUUACUAUGACUUUGUGCAAAUUUUCUUUCAUGCAAAUCAUUUGGGAAUGUGUGUGUGUAAGUGAUAGACAUCAGACACUAAUGCCAAGGGGUUGUUGCUUAGUUGCAGAGGAACAGCUUACAAGUUGCAUAACACUUGCAGGAAUUGUUCUGUGCAAAUUCCCCAAGUCUGUGAAACCCUAGGAGAUUUUGUGGUUUUUUUUCUCCCUACUAGCAGUGUGGAGUUUCACUGCUGAGCUGUUUGUAUUCUUUAAAUAAUUAAAAUAAUUAUCUUGCUUCCACAGCUGCUUCCUGAAUAGUACUUACAACUUGAGGAUCUCUUAAGAGUUUAGUGAAGUCAAUGGGAAGAAAAAGCCCCAAAUGCUAAGUGUUGACUUCAGCACACAUUACUCUAGAAUUAAUUUUGUUUUAAUGGUAUUGUGUUGCAUAAGAAAUAAAUUCAAUUAAGCAUCAGGUGCAAUAAUUUCACUAAAUGAUACACUAACACUUCA